GAGAGCAAGAGUAGUAACGUUUUCAUUUCAUUUAUUUAUUAUUUUUUUUGGGGCGCAAGUGACAACGUGGCCUUCAAGUUCCGAAUCACUCAUUCCGUGCGCAGUUUUUCCAUCCUUCACAUCUUCUUAUCACCAUCGUUAUAUUUCGUCUUCGUCUCUGUAACCGUUGCGAUCAGCGUUGUGCUGAGUAUAUGAUCACUCGGCCACAAGAUGCUGGAGGAUCAGGUAGCGUACCUUUUGCAGAGGUACCUUGGCAAUUAUGUGAGGGGUCUCAGCAAAGAAGCUCUCAAAAUCAGUGUCUGGAAAGGUGAUGUAGAGCUGAAGAAUAUGCAGCUAAAGCCUGAGGCUUUAAAUGCUUUAAAGCUACCCGUGAAGGUUAAAGCAGGUUUUCUUGGAUCAGUGAAACUUAAGGUUCCAUGGAGUAGGCUUGGCCAAGAUCCAGUCUUAGUAUAUUUGGAUCGCAUUUUCUUACUAGCUGAACCUGCAACUCAAGUUGAGGGAUGUAGUGAGGAUGCUGUUCAAGAAGCUAAAAAGAGCAGAAUACAGGAGAUGGAACUGAAACUAUGGGAGAAGUCACAACAGUUAAAGUCAGAAAUGAAUAAAUCAUGGUUGGGAUCUCUCAUCAGCACCAUAAUUGGAAAUUUGAAGCUUUCAAUUUCCAACAUUCACAUCAGAUAUGAAGAUGGUGAGAGCAAUCCAGGGCACCCAUUUGCAGCUGGAGUUAUGUUGGACAAACUCUCAGCUGUGACAGUUGAUGAUACUGGGAAAGAAACUUUUAUUACUGGAGGUGCACUAGAUCGCAUUCAAAAGUCUGUUGAACUAGAUCGACUUGCAGUUUAUUUAGAUUCAGAUAUUAUCCCAUGGCAUGUUACCAAAGCAUGGGAAGAUUUGCUUCCUUCAGAGUGGUUUCAGAUAUUUAAAUUUGGCACUAAAGAUGGGAAGCCAGCCGAUAAUUUGUUAAGAAAGCACUCGUACAUUUUGCAACCUGUGACUGGAGAAGCAAAGUACUCCAAGCUGCAGCAAAAUGAAGUUGCUGAUAGCAAACAACCUUUACAGAAGGCUGUGGUGAAUUUGGAUGAUGUUACAAUUAGCUUAUCUAAGGAUGGAUACAGGGAUUUCAUAAAAUUAGCAGACAACUUUGCUGCCUUUAACCAACGUCUAAAAUAUGCUCAUUAUCGUCCACUGGUGCCAGUAAAAGCCAAUUCCAGGUCUUGGUGGAAGUAUGCUUACAGAGCUGUAUCUGACCAGAUGAAGAAGGCAAGUGGAAAAAUGUCAUGGGAGCAAGUUCUAAAAUAUGCGAGCUUGCGGAAGAGAUAUAUCUCUCUGUAUGCUUCACUACUUAAAUCUGACCCCACUCAGGUGACAAUUAGUGGCAAUAAAGAGAUUGAUGACCUAGAUCGUGAACUUGAUAUUGAACUUAUACUGCAAUGGAGAAUGUUGGCUCACAAGUUUGUGGAACAAUCAGCAGAGUCAAAUCAUAACAUGAGGAAACAAAAAGUGCAGAAAUCUUGGUGGUCAUUUGGAUGGACCAGUCAAUCUCCUAAAGAGGAAAGUGAGGAAUUUAAUUUCAGUGAAGAGGACUGGAACAGAUUAAAUAAAAUAAUAGGAUAUAAGGAAGGUGAUGAUGGGCAAGUAGCUGUAAAUAGUAAGGCGGAUGUUAUUCAUACUUUCCUGGUAGUUCACAUGAAUCAUAAUGCUUCAAAGCUUAUUGGGGAAACCAAAGAGCCUGUUGCUGAAUUAUCAUGUGAAGACCUCAGUUGCUCAAUAAAGCUUUAUCCAGAAACAAAGGUCUUUGACAUUAAGUUGGGCUCUUAUAAGUUAUCAUCACCAAAAGGUCUCCUCGCAGAGAGUGCGGCUUCCUAUGAUUCAUUAAUUGGUGUCUUCUAUUAUAAACCUUUUGAUGACAAAGUGGACUGGAGCCUGGUUGCCAAAGCUUCUCCAUGUUACAUGACUUACAUGAAGGACAGCAUUGAUCAAAUUGUCAAAUUCUUUGAAAGUAAUGCUGCUGUAAGUCAGACCAUAGCACUAGAAACUGCAGCUGCUGUGCAGAUGACAAUUGAUGAAGUGAAGCGCACUGCCCAGCAGCAAAUGAACAGAGCAUUAAAGCAUCAUUCCAGGUUUUCAUUGGAUUUGGAUAUUGCAGCUCCCAAAGUUACAAUUCCUACUGAUUUUUGCCCUGACAAUACCCAUGCUACAAAGCUUUUACUAGACCUAGGGAACUUGAUGAUUCGUACACAGGACACCCAUCAACAGGAAUCAGCUGAGGAUAAUAUGUACCUACGAUUUGAUUUGGUCUUAAGUGAUGUAUCGGCAUUUUUGUUUGAUGGUGACUAUCACUGGAGCCAAAUUUCUCUGGAUAAGUCAGCCCAUUCUACCCAAAAUGUUUUUUUCCCAAUUAUUGACAAGUGUGGAGUCAUCUUACAGCUCCAACAGAUUCGCAUAGAGACUCCAUAUUAUCCUUCAACCCGCCUUGCUGUUAGGCUGCCAUCAUUGGCCUUUCAUUUUUCACCUGCUCGGUAUCAUCGGUUGAUGCAUGUAAUAAAGAUCUUUGAGGAGGAGGAUGAUGACAGCUCUGAGUUUCUUCGUCCUUGGGAUCAGGCUGACCUUGAGGGGUGGUUGUCUCUUCUAACAUGGAAGGGUGUGGGAAUAAGGGAAGCUCUCUGGCAGCGGAGAUACUUCUGUUUGGUUGGGCCUUUUCUUUAUGUACUUGAAAGCCCUGACUCGAGAUCUUAUAAGCAGUAUACCAGCCUACGAGGGAAGCAGGUAUAUCAGGUUCCACCAGAGUUUGUUGGUAAUGUACAGCAUGUUUUGGUUGUUAGCAGUCCUACACGAUCCAACAAUAAGGUUGUGGAGGACACAAACGCACUAAUUAUACGUUGUGAAUCUGAGGAUUCAAAGAAAACCUGGCAUAGCCGCUUACAAGGGGCUAUUUAUCAUGCAUCGAAUACGGCUCCUAUUUCUGGUCUAUCUGAAACCUCAUCAGAUAAUGAUGAUACUGAAACAGAACAUGAUAAUCAGGGGGUGAUUGAUGUAGGAAUUUCUGAAAAGUUGUUUGUAACAGGUGUUCUUGAUGAGUUAAAGGUUUGCUUCAGUUAUUGUUAUCAGUUUGAUCAUAGCUUAAUGAAGGUCCUUUUAAAUGAAGAAAAGCGUUUGUUUGAAUUUCGAGCAAUAGGUGGUCAGGUGGAGGUUUCUAUCAGAAACAAUAACAUUUUCAUUGGCACUAUCUUGAAAUCUUUGGAAAUAGAAGAUUUAAUUUGCUGUAGUCAACGAUUGUCUCAGCCUUGUUUUUUGGCAAGAUCAUUUAUUGGGACUGCUGAUGAGAAUUCUUUAUUCUAUGAUACCUUGAGAGAGGAUGUUGAAAGUAGUGGGUUUAUCCCUGUUGAAACUGAUGAUAACUUUUAUGAGGCACCUGAGACUUUAGCAGACACUGUUAAUUAUUCAUCACUCGAACCCCCGAAGUUUAGUCGCAUUACUGGACUUCUACCUAGUGAGACUCCUAGUAGUGAGGAACUUGAACUCAAUGACACAUUGGAGAGUUUUGUUAAAGCUCAAAUAGUUAUCUAUGACCAGAACUCUACUCAGUAUAAGAAUAUAGACAAGCAGGUGAUAGUGACUCUGGCUACUUUGACAUUUUUUUGUCGUAGACCAACUAUCCUAGCGAUUAUGGAGUUUAUUAAUUCUAUUAACAUUGAGGAUGGGAAUCUUGCAACUCCUAGUGAUAACCCUUCAACAGCCAUAAUUAAAAAAGAUGGAUUAAGAGAUGUAGAUGAUCUACAUGCUACUGCCAUUGAGGAACAUGCUGUUAAGGGCUUGCUUGGAAAAGGAAAAUCCAGAGUUAUGUUUAAUUUGACAUUAAAAAUGGCACAGGCCCAAAUCCUUUUGAUGAAAGAAAAUGAAACCAAGCUUGCUUGUUUGUCUCAAGAGAGUUUGCUUACAGACAUCAAGGUGUUCCCUUCCUCCUUUAGCAUUAAAGCAUCCUUGGGAAAUCUGAAAAUAAGUGAUGACAGCCUACCUAGCAGUCAUUUAUAUUAUUGGGCUUGUGACAUGAGAAAUCCUGGGGGCAGAUCUUUUGUCGAGUUGGAGUUCAUGUCAUUCAGCAGUGAUGAUGAAGACUAUGAAGGUUAUGAUUUUAGUCUCUUUGGUGAGCUUUCAGAAGUGCGCAUUGUGUAUCUGAAUCGGUUUGUGCAAGAGGUUGUUGGCUAUUUUAUGGGUCUUGUUCCAAAUAGCCCAAGAAGGGUCAUAAAAGUAACAGAUCAAGUGACAAAUUCAGAGAAGUGGUUUUCUGCUAGUGAAAUUGAAGGAUCACCUGCUGUGAAGUUUGAUCUUUCUCUCAAGAAGCCUAUAAUUUUAAUGCCACGGAGGACAGAUAGCCUUGAUUUUUUGAGGCUAGAUAUUGUUCAUAUAACCGUGAAGAACACAUUUCAGUGGAUUGGUGGAAGUAAAAGUGAAAUCAAUGCAGUGCACUUGGAAACUUUGAUGGUCCAGGUUGAAGACAUCAACUUAAAUGUUGGAACUGGAUCAGACUUGGGUGAAAGCAUAAUUGAGGGUGUGAAUGGGCUAUCUGUGGUUAUUCAUAGGUCGCUACGAGACUUGUUAUGUCAAUUUCCAAGUAUUGAAGUCAUAAUAAAGAUUGAAGAGUUGAAAGCAGCACUGUCUAAUAAAGAAUAUCAAAUUAUUACUGAGUGCGCUGUUUCUAACUUUUCUGAGGUCCCAUAUAUUCCUCCACCACUGAAUCAAUAUUCCUCCAUGACAUUAAAUGAUGCUACUGGAGAUAUUGUACCUGAGGUUACAAAUGGUGUUGAUUCAGGGAAUACAAAUGUUCAAGCCUCUGUUUCGCUGAAAAUCUGUGUGUCCAUAAAUCUGGUUGAGUUGAGCUUAUAUACAGGGGUAACUAGAGAUGCAACUCUGGCUACUGUACAGGUACAUUGUCUUUUGACUGAUAUAUAUAUAUAUAUAUAUAUAUAUAAAUCUUUGAAUGGCUCAACUUUUGGUUCUCUCUUUGUGCAGGUCAGCAGUGCAUGGCUGCUGUAUAAGUCCAGUACAGCAGGAAAUGGAUUCCUCUCUGCAACUCUGCAAGGUUUCAGUGUGUUUGAUUAUCGUGAAGGUGUUGAACAAGAAUUUCGAUUAGCAAUAGGAAAGCCUGAGAAUGUUGGAGCCAGUCCUCAAACUUCAUACUAUCGAAACCAGGAUUCAGUGGAUAGUAGUUUAAUUAAGGGAAAUGAUUUUGAACUAGUUCAGACAAUGCUCAUUGUUGAUAUUAAAUUUGGUCAGGAUUCAACAUUUAUUUCUUUGUGUGUCCAGAGGCCUCAGUUGCUUGUUGCACUAGAUUUUCUUCUUGCUGUAGUUGAGUUUUUUAUUCCAACCAUCAGCAGUAUGCUAUCAUUUGAAGAAAAUAGGUCUCACAUGCUGGAAGCUAUCAUCAUGGAUCAAUCAGUCUACAAGCAACCGUGUGCUGAAUUUUCCCUCUCUCCUCAAAAGCCUUUAAUAGUUGAUGAUGAAAGUUUUGAUCAUUUCAUUUACGAUGGUGAUGGUGGAACUUUAUAUUUAAAAGAUAGACAAGGUUUUAAUCUCACAGCAGCUAGCUCAGAGGUUAUAAUAUACAUUGGAAAUGGGAAGAAGUUGGAAUUCAGAAAUGUUGUUAUUAAGGGCGGACAAUAUUUGGAUUCUUGUAUUUUUCUUGGAGCAAAUAGUAGUUAUUCAGCUUCAGAGGAUGAUCAUGUCUACUUGGAAGAAUUAGUUGAAAGCCCUCAGACAAGGUCUUUGAGAGGAAGUGUGGAUGAAUUACCAUGUCAGAAUAAUGCAGUUAACAACUUGACGGAGUUGAUCAUUGAGAUUCAGGCUGUUGGCCCAGCGCUUACCUUUUAUAGCACGUCAAAAAAUGUAGGAGAAUUAUUAAACCUGUCUAAUAAACUUCUACUUGCACAGUUGGAUGCAUUUUGUAGGCUUGUUUUGAAGGGUAACAAUACUGAGAUGAGUGCAGAUGUACUUGGUUUGACUAUGGAGAGUAAUGGAAUCAAGAUUUUGGAGCCAUUUGACACAUCCUUGAAGUACUCGAAUGCUUCUGGGAAGACCAAUAUACAUUUAUGUGCGUCUGAUAUUUUCAUGAAUUUCACAUUCAGUAUCUUGAGACUAUUUCUGGCUGUGGAAGAUGAUAUUCUAGCAUUUUUAAGGAUGACAUCUAAGGAAACAACCAUUGUUUGCUCUCACUUUGACAAAGUUGGAACCAUAAAAAAUUUUCAUAUUGAUCAAACAUAUGCCUUUUGGCGUCCUCAUGCUCCUCCUGGUUUUGCUGUACUUGGUGACUACUUGACACCACUAGACAAGCCACCUACAAAAGGAGUUCUUGCAGUAAAUACCAAUUCUAUAACAGUUAAGAGACCCAUUGGUUUCAGAUUGAUUUGGCCUCCUUUAACUUCUGUGGGAAUUAAAGGUGAAGAAAUGGACAAUUCUGACUCGUUAUGGAAAACUGAGGCAGAUUCCAUUUGUUCCAUUUGGUUCCCUGAAGCUCCCAAAGGUUAUGUUGCACUAGGCUGUAUUGCUACUCAUGGAAAGACACCACCAUCACUAUCUUCUGCUUGUUGCAUCCCAUCUUCUUCUGUAUCUCCAUGUUCAUUAAGGGAUUGUAUCACAAUCGGCACUACUGAUAUAUCGUCAUCCAGUGUAGCAUUCUGGCGAGUGGAUAAUUCUAUUGGCACUUUCUUGCCAGUAGAUCCUAUGUCACUCUGUUUGAUGGGUAAAGCAUAUGAAUUGCGUUGCAUUAAAUAUGAUUUUCUGAAGGCACCUUCAGCAGCAUUAAGUAGUCUGGAUUCCCGUGCUCCCUCUCGUGGGCAUCAAGCCUUGCAAUCUGACUUGUCAGCUGAUGCAAAUUCUAAUAGGCGUUAUGAGCCUGUUGCUAGCUUUCAGUUAAUAUGGUGGAAUCAGGGUUCAGACUCAAGAAAAUGGUUAUCCAUUUGGCGUCCAGUUGUCCCAAUGGGAAUGAUAUAUUUUGGUGAUAUAGCUGUUAAAGGGUAUGAGCCUCCAAACACCUGCAUUGUUGUUCAUGAUUCCAGAGAUGAAAAUAUUUUUAAAACUCCCCUAGAUUUUCUACUUGUUGGACAAAUAAAAAAACAGAGGGGAAUGGAAAGCAUAUCAUUCUGGCUUCCACAAGCUCCUCCUGGCUAUGUUUCCUUGGGGUGUGUUGCAUGUAAAGGGAAACCUAAGCAAAAUGAAUUUAGCACAUUAAGAUGCAUGCGCAGUGAUUUGGUAGAAGGAGAUAAAUUUUUGGAAGAAAGUGUCUGGGAUACGGCUGACGCCAAGCAUGUAACAGAGCCAUUUAGCAUAUGGGCUGUUGGCAAUGAGUUGGGGACUUUUAUUGUCCGUGGUGGUUUCAAAAGACCCCCAAGAAGGUUUGCUUUGAAGCUAGCAGAUUCUACUGUGCCAAGUGGUUCAGAUGUCACAGUCAUUGAUGCUGGAAUUGGGACUUUCUCAACAGCUCUUUUUGAUGACUACAGUGGUUUGAUGGUUCCGUUGUUCAAUAUAUCUUUGAGUGGAAUAACAUUUAGUUUGCAUGGAAGAACUGGGUAUCUGAAUAGCACUGUUGGUUUCUCCUUGGCUGCAAGGUCAUAUAAUGACAAGUAUGAAGCCUGGGAGCCUCUUGUUGAGCCAGUAGAUGGAUUCUUAAGGUAUCAACAUGACCUUAAUGCCCCGGCUGCAGCCUCUCAAUUACGUUUGACAUCAACUCGAGAUCUGAAUUUAAAUAUUUCGGUUUCUAAUGCAAAUAUGAUCAUUCAAGCUUAUGCCAGUUGGAACAACCUUAGUCAUGCUCAUGAAUGUUAUAAAAACAGAGAUGCAUUCUCUCCAACUAUUGGCGGAAACUCUAUCAUUGACACUCUCCACAAGAGACAUUAUUAUAUAAUCCCUCAAAACAAACUUGGUCAGGAUAUUUUUAUCCGCGCUACCGAAGCUAGGGGUCUCCAAAAUAUAAUUAAGAUGCCAUCUGGGGAUAUGAAGGCUGUGAAAGUUCCUGUGUCAAAAAAUAUGCUAGAAUCACAUUUGAAGGGUAAACUCUGUAGGAAGAUUAGAACAAUGGUUACAAUCAUCAUAGCAGAAGCACAGUUUCACCGAGUUGAAAGUUCAGAUUCCCAGCAAUAUACGGUGGCUGUCCGCCUUUCUCCUAAUCAGGGCCUCCCUAGUGAUGCAUUGGUUCAUCAACAGAGUGCACGCACAUGUGGAAGAAGGGCACAUCAUUUAUUGCCUUCGGAUCUUGAGUUAGUCAAGUGGAAUGAAGUUUUUUUCUUCAAAGUUGAUUCCCUGGAUCACUACUCUUUAGAAUUAAUUGUAACAGAUAUGGGUAAAGGUGUACCCGUUGGAUUUUUUUCAGCUUCCUUGAAUGAGAUAACUAGAACUAUCGAGGACUUCUCAUAUCCCCAAAAUUUUUCCGAUAAGUUGAAAUGGAUAGAUUUGUCUGCAGAAAACUCCAUGGUGAAUUGUGAUGCCAGUUAUGAGAAGUCUUGCAAAUUACAAUGUGCCAUACUAGUGCAUGAUUCUGAAGUUGAGAAUAAUGAUCAACAAUCUAGUUUUGGUGCCCAAAAAUCUGGAUUUAUUCAAAUUAGUCCCAGCAAGGAAGGUCCUUGGACAACUGUGAGGCUAAACUACGCUGCCCCUGCUGCUUGCUGGCGGUUAGGCAAUAAUGUUGUUGCAAGUGAAGCUAGCGUGAAGGAUGGCAACAGAUAUGUGAAUAUUCGAUCACUGGUUUCUGUUCGUAACAACACAGAUUUUGUACUUGAUUUAUGCCUUACUUCAAAAAUUUCAUCAGAAAAGGAUCUUAAACAUGAAAUUUCUGUUGGGCUACUGCAACCAGGGGAAACUGCUCCACUUCCUCUAUCUGGCUUGACACAAUCUGUACAAUAUUUCUUGCAGUUAAGGCCUUGGACUUCAGACCCCAGUGAGUACUCAUGGAGUACUGUAGUGGACAAACCUAGGAAACCAGAAGAUGUUGGCAGGGGUCAAUGCUCAAAUAUUUAUGUUUCGGCUCUUUCAGAGUCAGAGGAACUAUUGUGUUGCAGUGAGAUGCAUGGAACCUCUGGUGGCUCCCACAAGUUGUGGUUUUGCGUAAGCAUCCAAGCAACUGAGAUUGCUAAAGAUAUCCAUUCAGAUGCUAUUCAGGAUUGGUGUUUAGUGGUCAAAUCUCCUCUAGUAAUUAGCAAUUUUCUCCCUCUUGCUGCUGAAUAUUCUGUCCUUGAAAUGCAAUCUAGUGGUCACUUUCUUCCAUGUUCAAGAGGAGUAUUUUUAUCAGGAAAAACUGUACAGAUAUACAGUGCAGAUAUUAGGAACCCAUUGUUCUUAUCAUUGCUUCCGCAAAGGGGUUGGCUUCCCAUACAUGAAGCUGUUCUUAUAUCUCAUCCUCAUGGGAAUCCAUCAAAAACAAUUAGUUUGAGAAGUUCAAUAUCGGGAAGGGUGAUCCAAAUCAUUGUCGAGCAGAACUAUGACAAAGAGCACACCUUGCUGGCUAAAACAAUUAGAGUCUAUGCUCCUUAUUGGUUAGAAAUAGCUAGAUGUCCUCCACUUACAUUUAGGAUUCUUGAUAUGUCAGGAAAAAGACAUAAGCCACAAAAGAUGGCUGCUCAAUUUCAGACUAACAAGAAAAAUGGAUUAGUCCUUGAAGAAAUAACCGAAGAGGAAAUAUAUGAUGGUUACACAAUUGCAUCUGCUCUAAACUUUAAUAUGUUAGCCCUUUCAGUGGCUAUUGCCCAAACAGGAAACGAGCAUUUUGGACCUGUUGAAGAUCUUGCUCCUCUUGGUGAUUUGGAUGGCUCUUUGGAUAUAUAUGCAUAUGAUGGAGAUGGAAAUUGCUUGCAGCUUUUUAUUUCUACAAAACCAUGCCCCUAUCAAUCUGUUCCAACAAAGGUUGUUUCGGAAGAAAAAAAUUAUCAUAAACAUGAACCAAAGAUUUUGCACGCUUCUGAUUCAAGGGUAUACUUUGUCUGUCGUGGACUCGGUGAACCUGAAGAGCUCCAGGUGAGACUACAAGGUACCCAUUGGUCAUUUCCUCUUCAAAUUGUAAGAGAGGAUACAAUAUCUCUUGUUUUGAGGAUGAAUAAUGGUACUGUCAAAUUUUUGAGAACUGAAAUUCGUGGAUAUGAAGAAGGAUCCCGUUUUGUUGUGGUAUUCCGCCUUGGAUCAACAGAUGGUCCUAUCAGAAUUGAGAACAGAACAACGAAUAAGGCUCUUAGCAUUCGGCAGUCUGGAUUUGGUGAAGAUGCUUGGAUUCAGUUGCAACCUCUGUCAACAACUAAUUUUUGUUGGGAAGAUCCAUAUGGUGAUAAGUUUUUAGAUGCUAAACUUAGUGCUGAUAAUGGCGAUGCAAUUUGGAAACUUGAUUUGGAAAGUACUGGAUUAUCUUCUGCGGAACUUGGAUUGCAAUUCCAUGUUAUUGAUGCGGGAGAUAUAAUAAUUGCAAAGUUUAGUGAUGAUAAGAUGCUGACUUCAAGUUCAUACGAAGAGAUUACAGGCCCAUUACCUGAUGGAAAGUUGGGAGUUUCUGGUGUUCAGGCUGAGAUGCAGAGCAGUGUUACUCCUUUUGAGCUCUUAAUCGAGUUAGGGGUGGUUGGAAUUUCUAUGGUGGACCAUAGAUCAAAGGAACUCUCCUACUUAUACUUGGAAAGGGUCUUCUUAACAUAUUCAACUGGCUAUGAUGGUGGAAAGACAAAUAGGUUCAAGCUCAUAUUUGGCUAUUUGCAACUGGACAACCAGCUCCCUCUAACAUUAAUGCCUGUGCUCUUGGCACCAGAGCAGACCUCUGAUGUGCAACACCCAGUAUUCAAGAUGACAAUUACCAUGCAGAAUGAGAAUAAAGAUGGAAUUCAAGUUUACCCAUACGUUUAUAUACGAGUCACUGAGAAGUGCUGGAGGCUUGAUAUUCAUGAACCUUUUAUUUGGGCUAUUGCGGACUUCUACAACAAUCUGCAGCUAGAUCGCUUACCCAAAAGUUCAACUGUCACAGAAGUUGAUCCAGAGAUACGUUUUGACUUAAUAGAUGUUUCAGAAGUAAGGUUGAAGUUUUCACUGGAGACAGCUCCGGGACAAAGACCUCACGGGGUCUUGGGUAUAUGGAGUCCGAUACUUUCAGCUGUUGGAAAUGCCUUCAAGAUCCAGGUGCAUCUAAGGAGGGUGAUGCACAGAGACAGAUUCAUGCGGAAAAGCUCUAUUGUUCCAGCCAUUGGAAACCGUAUUUGGAGAGAUUUGAUUCAUAAUCCUCUACAUUUAAUAUUUUCAGUGGAUGUACUAGGUAUGACAAGCUCAACAUUGGCUUCUCUUAGCAGAGGGUUUGCCGAGCUUUCCACUGAUGGACAAUUUCUGCAAUUACGUGCAAAGCAGGUAAGAUCAAGGAGAAUCACUGGGGUUGGGGAUGGAAUCAUUCAAGGAACAGAAGCUCUUGCUCAAGGUGUUGCCUUUGGUGUCUCUGGUGUAGUGAGAAAGCCUGUUGAGAGUGCCCGACAGAAUGGUAUCCUAGGAUUGGCUCAUGGACUUGGACGUGCCUUCUUAGGUUUCAUUGUGCAACCAGUAAGUGGGGCACUGGAUUUUUUCUCAUUGACUGUUGAUGGAAUUGGUGCAAGUUGUUCCAAAUGCUUUGAGGUUUUCACCAGCAAGACUACCUUCCACAGAAUUAGGAAUCCUAGGGCUACACAUUCUGAUGGGAUACUUAGAGAAUAUUGCGAGAGAGAAGCCAUUGGGCAGAUGGUGCUUUACCUUGGAGAGGCAAGCCGACAAUUUGGCUGCACUGAGAUUUUCAAGGAACCUUCAAAAUUUGCAUUGUCUGAUUAUUAUGAAGAGCACUUUACUGUGCCUCAUAAAAAAAUUGUUUUAGUAACCAAUAAACGAGUUAUGUUGCUGCAGUGUCUUGCUCCUGACAAUAUGGAUAAAAAACCGUGCAAGAUUAUGUGGGAUGUACCUUGGGAAGAGUUGAUGGCACUGGAGUUGGCAAAAGCAGGGAGUUCCCAACCUUCUCACUUGAUCCUUCAUCUGAAAAAUUUCCGGAGAUCUGAAAAUUUUGUUCGAGUAAUCAAAUGCAAUAGUGUGGAAGUGUUUGAAGGAAGAGAACCCCAAGCUAUAACGAUAUGCUCAGUAGUCCGUAGAACAUGGAAGGCAUAUCAAUCUAACAUGAAAAGCUUGAUUCUGAAAGUUCCUUCAAGUCAGCGACAUGUAUAUUUUUCCUGGACUGAAGUGGAUAGUAGAGAAUCACGGACCCCAAAUAAGGCCAUUAUUAGUUCAAGAGAGAUCUCAUCAAACAGUGCUGCAUCUGAUGACAGGCGAUUUGUUAGACACAGCAUUACUUUUUCGAAGAUCUGGAGCAGUGAACAAGAAUACAAAGGUCGAUGUUCAUUAUGCAGAAAACAGAUCUCGCAAGCUAGUGGAACAUGUAGCAUUUGGCGGCCUAUGUGUCCUGAUGGGUAUAUAUAUGUUGGAGAUAUUGCUCAUGUUGGCAUCCAUCCUCCAAAUGUUGCUGCUGUCUACCGCAAGAUUGAUGGAUGUUUUACUCUCCCAAUGGGAUAUGACCUGGUGUGGCGAAAUUGUUUAGAAGAUUAUGUUGCUCCAAUAUCAAUUUGGCACCCACGAGCUCCAGAUGGAUUUGUAGCUCCUGGAUGCGUUGCCGUUGCUGGUUAUAUGGAACCAGAGCCUGAUCUUGUGUACUGUGUUGCUGAUUCACUGAUUGAGGAAACAGAAUUCGAAGAUCUGAAGGUCUGGUCUGCACCUGACUCAUAUCCAUGGUCCUGUCAUAUCUAUCAAGUACAGAGUGAUGCUUUGCAUUUUGUUGCUCUUCGACAAAGCAAGGAAGAAUCCGACUGGAAGCCCAAGAGGGUCCGUGACGAACCUCACUGUCAGUUGCAAUUAACAUAGUCUGGAUUUUAUGUAAAUCUCCAUUUUGGUUUCUUCGUGCUCCGGAAGAUCUAACUUACUUAAGAAGACAGUAAUAUGAGUUGGACGGAGGCUGUGCUUGUGUCGUGAUUAUUACUGCUUUCCCGCAUCCAAUGGCAAUUUGGAUAAUGUAUAUUCUCCCUGAUUCUGCGAUGUCGUUAGUUGUAUUUUGGCUGUUAUGGCCUAUGAAAGCACCAGGUGGGGGCAACUGCCAACGCGCACAUGCAAUUUAUCCACUUACCCUUUCUCGACUAUUUUGCUAAGAUGCGUUGGCCUUUUCUUUUUUGAAAGCCACAUCCACAAACUUGAUUGUGAAUGAUAGAACAUUCAUGGUUGUCAAUCCAAUCAAAGACUUGCCACGGGUAUACUUUAAUUAUUCGCGGAUUUCAAGACGUGGUUAGAACAUUAUAUUACGUGGCCGAUUUGCAGGUCAUGUCCUUUAACUAGAGUUGUAAUUGUUCAUAACAAAUUGUGUAUAGCCUUUUACGUGGUUGACUUCAUUCUUAAACUAGUAAUUUGGGAUUAUUUUUGCAUCAGAUAAAUCAUUAGUAAAUCAAAUUGUUUAGAGAGAGACCCCUGAUUUCUGGUCUCGAGAGAUUGGUUGGAAGUUAAUUUAGAUUCUAAGAGUUAGAACUGGGUGAAUUGAGAAGAAAGACAUAGUUGCUCUCAUACUUGUCUUUUUAUUUUUAAUAAUUCAUUAGCAACUGUCAAUUAUAUUAUACCGAUAUUAUUAUGGUUAAAUUU